AUGAAGCCCCUAACAAUCACCCUGGGUGUUUUUACAGCUGUGCUAUGGUCAUUUGUAACGGGGGCACCAACGACAACAGCCCCUUUCGACGCUACAUUGCACCAGGCUAGGCACUGUAGGGGUAGCAAAGUCGCCAUCGCCUUUUCCAACGACUGGACGGGGAAAUACGCCCGGCGGGAGAUAUGCCAGGAUAACGAUGCAGUCGCCGUCUCCGAUAUCUAUGCAGGCAGCGCCAUCGACAAUGGCGAUGGGGAAUUCCGGGCGACGUCGAUCGCGCUUGUGGGUGGGCUUGGCACUCAUCCCUACUGCACCAUCCAGCAGUUGGAUCGACCCCUGACGGACCGGAUUACAUAUAUCAAGCUCGGAGAUGACCCCGACAGGCUCGAGAGAGUAGACGUCUCUGAUUGGACCAUUCGGUGUGCUGGCAGAUCUGGUGAUUAA